ACAACUGAGGGAAUGGGGUGUGAUGCUACAAUAGGAAAAAAGGUUCCUCAAAGGUUCCUAUAAGGUUCUUUGGGUGGCCGUGGGCUCUAGCUUUCUGUAUGGGUUCUAGUUGGGAUUUUUUUGUGCAAGGAAAUACUGCGUUGUAAGGUUAUACAUGUAAACUCUAGGCUUUAAGAUCUCGUAGCUUUGAGAGACAAACUGAAGAGCUCUUCAAGACGCUAGAUGUCAAAACUAGUCCUAAUUGCAGACUGCGCAUGCGCGGCAAAGUCUUUACCGGAGCGGCUAGGUAGUACUGUACCAGCACUAAUGGCGGAGUACGCAUGCGCAGUGGAGUCUUUACCGGAGCCCUAAUGGCGGAGAACGUACGGUCGCCUUUCGACUAUCGGGAGCCACCGACUCUCGACAGCGAUGGAGACGGUGGCAAGCCUCCGCCACCCCGGGGGCGAGUGUGUGGCCGAAAGAGAAAGGGCACUCCUGUGAAGGUGUGUGAUCGUGCAUAUGUGACAGAAGAUGAAGAGGAAAGUUUGUCUGAACACAGUUACAGCCCAGGUGAAGGGCAGUACCCAGAUGAAGCAGAGGAUCGGCUUCCCCCUCCUAGCAGUCCGUACUAUCUCGCUGAUCCGUCUCAGCUUUGUGUAUCGGAGCUAGGCGAAGAAGGCGCCAGUGGUGUACGCGGCCCUGUGCUCUUUCCCCCUCUACCGCCUAACUGCAGGAUCAGAGAGGUGCAUUGUGGGAGCCAGGUACGACUAGUUGUCAUAGCGAUCAGAGACAUCGCCAAGGGCGAGGAAAUCACGGUGGACUACAACUUGGCUGAGUGGGGAGAAAACGCACUGGCUUUCCAUCGUUCUGUAUCACCACGCGGAUUUGAAUGCGGCUACAAUCCAGACAGCAAUAUUAAGAAGGAAGAGGAGGCAGCUCCGUCUCUCCCUCUAUCUCUCACAGUUUCAGACUACCUCACUCCUUCGUGGUCUCUCUCUCCUUCAUCCUCUCCACUUUCUCGCUCCGAGGCCAGUGAUUCAGACCGAGAGGAAGAUGAAGAAGAAGAGGAAGAUGAAGAAGAAGAUGAUGAAGAGGAAGAGGACCUCGAAGAACUGAGGGGCCGCAUGAUGCGGAGGCGCAAGAAGCGGAAAACGACGAAUAAUGCGGCCAAAAAAAAGUCUCAACCCAGCCCUCUUUCCUUCCCUCCAUCCUCCUCACCUUUCCAGACACCUUUAGCCCCGCCCACCACAAACAUAAACAAUAACAUAAACAUAAAUAUUAGCCGCAGUGCAAGCAGGAAGCAGCACUGUCCUCACUGCGGCCGCUAUUUCCGCUCUCUCGCUCGGCAUCUUGAAAAGCACCACGAUCAGCAGCCGGAAAUCCGGAAUGCCAUGGAACUGUCACACGGCCCACGAGCCUCACACACACCGUCCUCAACACACUCACGCGGCUCACACUCUUUCACCUCACCACAGCCCUCCGCUUCCUCAUCCUCCUCUUCAGCCACCCCCAACCUCUUCUCUCGCGACUCGUCUGGCUCUGGUUCAGCAGCCAUGUCAUUCUCUCUCUCCCUCUCUCCUCCUUCACGCCGCCCUUCCUCCAAAAAGAACCCUGCCUCUCUCUCCACCCCACCUAGAAAAACCGCAGCGCCUGCGGCAGUAGCCGUGAAAAAGUCCCCCAGUCCUCCAGCCAAAAGGGGGCGACGGCCGAAGAAGGAGAAAGAAGAGAAGCAAAAGAAACAGGAGGAGAUGGAACGAGCGAAAGAGGAAGCUCCACCAACUCCAGGCCGAAAUGAAGAGGAGGAAAGGGAGGAGGUAGAAGAUGAGGAGCUGGAUCUGACUGAAAUGAGGGACGAUGACAGCGGAGAAGAGAAGAAUGGCGCAAGCUCUCACCGCUCCCAUGUGUCUCCCCUCCUGUCCUCUCUUUCCACUUUGGUUUUGUAUCUUCGACGUCAGCAGCACUCGUCCUUCCUCUCCCUCUCACGUUCGAGCAGCUCGGCAGAGGCCUGGCGCCUCUUGUGCCACUCCAGCCUGGCGCUGCUCAUCCUCUAUAACCGCCAUCGCGAGUGUGAGAUGGCAAAGCUGAGCAUAAACGACUACCGCAGCCGCAUCACGCCUUCCUCUAACUCCAGCUCCCCUCUUGAAGCGUCUUUGUCCCCUUUCGAGCGACAAGUUUUGUGCCACAGGCCCCGCGUCGGCGUUUUAGGAAAGCGUGGUCGGGUUCAACCUCUAAUCCUCCCACCUCAUUCUGAAUCCUGCCUCGAUUUGCUUCUGAAAACUUCCACGGAUGUGAACGUCGAUCCCGAAAGCCCUUAUGUGUUUUCUCGGCCGUAUCAUUCUCCUGCCACCCCUCUGCGCGGCACGGACCUCCUGCGUGGAUUGGCGCGUGCCAGUGGGGCAAAAAACCCUGCAGCACUGACAUCACCGCGCACCCGAAGGCAAGUCGCCAUCCUCACCCAGCUCCUGCUGAUGGACGAGGGAGAGAAGGAGAGGCUUGAGCACUUCCUGCACAGCGAGUAUCACGUCACCCAGAGCUGCGCCCGGAUUGGCCAGGACCCAGCUCUGAUGGGCCGAGUGGGCCGUGUCGUGCUGUACGGGGAGAGAGAUGGGGUGUUGUUCAGAGGGAUGAGCCUCAAACACAUCUGCCUCGAGCUGGAUGUAAUGUCUGGGAACUCAGCAGAUUCUUUCUCAGAGGAGUCGGACGGAGAAGGAGAGAAGAGUAAUGAGAGACUAGAGGUGGGAAAGACAGCAGGAGUGAACGGCCGAGGACCACCUAAAAACAGCGCCAGUCCCGUCCCCUCGCCAACUACACCUCCGCCCUCGGGUUCUCACAAGAGGCGGAGCUCACAAAUAAAAUCAGAAUAUUUACCCCACAUUUCAGGCAAGCGCGGUGUGCUGAAGAGGCCGUGGUCGGAAGCGGAACGGGUCGCCGUGGAAACGCACCUGAAGCGAAACAUUGUGGAGCUGCGUGUCCCGGCGAAGGCGGACUGCGAGCGAUGUUUGCAGCACUGCCCCCUACUGGUGAGCAACCAGCGUGACUGGAGAGCCAUUAAAUUCUACUGCCACAACCGGAUUCAACUACUGAAGAAACAGGGACGCGGCGGAGCGGCUGUCUGUUAGCUCAACACACGCGUGCACACACACACACCUACACACACACACACACACAUACACACAUACAUUAAUACCGAGGGAGAGACUCUUAGUCACACAUUCAGUCCUGGAACGAUGGGUUGAAUAAGUGAACACACAUUUUUGGAUUGUUCAUCAGUGUUUCCAUUGAACACACACACACACACACACUCACACACUUAUGCAUCCUUGUACAUUGCGAGUGGUUGUAUAUGAGUGUGUCCAUUGACUGCACACACAGAUAAAGGCUCACACACUCACUCUGGAAUGUUGGACUAAGUAAGUGACUGUACGCGCACACACACACAUACACACAUUUGUGUCCUUAUACAUUUCAGCAUUUCACCCCAAACUCACAUACACGAAGAGUUAUAAUCAAUAUAAACCUAUGAACUGACCUCUUAUCCUCGUCACUGACGUGCAUUGGGACUGAGGCGUGUGUGUGAAAGCAUUGCUUCAUGCCUGAAAUCUCUCACACACCUGACAAAGCAGCUCGAAAUACAUCACACAUGGACCGUAGAAAAGGAUGUAAUUAUUCCUCUAUGAACUCUUUUGUCCCUUUUCUUUUAUACGACAAUGCUAAUCCUGUUUGUCCAGUGGAAUCUCGCUGUUGGACCGAUUGUGAUAGACUUCUAUAUAAAGAUCUGAAAUUUCUGUACCUGUCAUUGGCAAGCAGUUAUUUUGGGACCAUAUUAUCUUCAUGUUUCGGAGGAACUUUCAUAGUAAAUCUACUAUAUUAACAUGUUUGGUUGUGAUUAUGAAGGUUCUCGGUUCCAGUCCCACUGAGGUGACACACCAAUACCGAUAUCCACUACCAGGGGAUGACAAUAUUGCAAAAUGCUGUUACAAGUUGUUACAAGUUAGUGUUAGCCAUCUGUAAUAUUUAGUAAUGGCUUCUCAGUAAAACACCAGCUCAUUUAAUACUUACAGAUGAUAUCUGGCUGGGUAGUUAGCUUCUAGCUAUAUAUUUUUUAGCUACUCCAAGCAUGACCCUGCAGUGUAUCUUUGAAAUAAAGUAAUACAUAGAAUAAAAUGAGUGAUGGUAGCUAACAACCUAGCAAGCUUUUAUUUUAUUAUAGGUACAAAGUAAAAUAAUAUGUAGGAUAAGAGUGAUAUUAGCUAGCUAGCAAGCUGUUUAUUUUAGAUACUCGAAGGAUAACCUCAGUGUACCACUAGCCAGCUACUAUUAUUUUAUUUCAUAAAGAGAAAAACCCACAAACUUGGCUAGCUUUCUAUUUUUAGCUAUGCCACUGAUGGCUAGCCCAUGGUUAAUGCUAGCCAGCUAGCUAUUUGUAAGAACUUUUAAUAUAUUACUUUAUUUAGUAGUUAGUUUCUUCGCUAACUAACAACUUAGCAAGCUAAUUAUUUUAACUACUCCAAGAAAAAACCCUCAGUGUAAUGCUAGCAAGGCAAUGUAUUACUGUAUUUCACAGAGAGAUAAAUACCUUGCUAGCUUGUUAGUUAGCUAGUAUUUUAGCUACUCCAAGGACGACAUAAACUGACAGCAGCAAACCACAGCUUUAGCUUGUUUUCUAUUUUUAUCUAUGCCUUUGACGUCUAUUCCAUAAAGUGUAACACUAGACAGCUAGCCAUAUAUUAAAUAACUUCUUACAUAUAUCUAUUUCCUAGAGUGAUGUUUUUGGCUAAAAACAUAUUAUUUCAAGAAAAAGCUUCAAUGUAAAGCUAUCAAGCGAUUCAUUUAUGUGAUGAAUAGCUUGCUAGCCUGUUAUCUAGCUGCUAUUUUAGUCAUUCCAGAGAUGACCACACAGUGUACAGCUAUCAAAAACAUAGCUAGCUUUUUAUUGUUAGCUACACCAACUGACAGCUACCCCAUGGUGUAAAACUAGCUGGCUAGUAUGUUUAAUAUUUUCUUGUUUAUUUAUUUGAGUGAUUGUAGCUAAUUAACAACCUAGCAGGCUAUUUAUUUUAGCUAUUCCAAUAACAACCCCUCAGUCUAAUGCUAGCAAGCCAAUGUACUAUUUAUUUUACCUAUUAUUUUUUCACAAAGUGAUAAACAUCUUGCUAGAUUGUAUUUAGCCACUGUUUUAGCUAUUCAGGGAUGACCCAUCAGUUUACUGCUAGCUAGCUACUAUAUUUUAUUUUACAUAUUACUUUAUUUCAUUAACCAUAAAGUUAGCUAUCAGGAUGGCUCUAUUUAAUAACCUCUUGUGUAUUAUUAUCUUUAUUAUCUAAAGUGAUGAUUGCUAACUACCAAUCCAGCUAGCGAUUUAUUUUUAGGUACUGCAAUGACAACUCCGCUGUUUACUGCUAGAAAAAUCAUGUAUUAAAUAUGCUAUUUACCUAAUGAAGGAAAAAAAAAAGAUUAUAAUCAAUCCAUUUGGAAGAUUUCUAAUAAUAUUUUUAUUUAAAUGGAACAGAUUUAAACACACCAUCAGGGACUGGAACUGAUUAUCACUAAAUUAAACUGAGUGGAUACAUAAACCUCAGCUGAAACAGAUAUUUUUCCCCCCUCAAAGUCAGUGGAGAUGCAAACGUGUAUAAACAUAGACAGAACAUUUUAUUAAUUAAGCUAGCCAAGGAUUUCCUGUUCUCUCCUUUUGUAUUUUUUUUUUUUGGUAAUUUUUCAAACCUUGAUUAAGCCUGGUCUUAAUCUUGUUUCUGCUGUUUGUGCUGAUUCUCCAUUGACCAAGAAGAGGCGUAAUCCUUGUAGAAUUGUUUUCUUUCAUUUCUUUUCCUCCAAUAAUUAUCUUACAGCAAUCUGAAUUUUUACUGUUUGUUUUUAUGGUUAUACUUCAGCAGUAUUUUAUAUAAGCUAAAAUCCCAGUGUUUCUCCUUUUACACUGUUUUUCCUCCGUCUGUUUUCUUUUUUUACUCUCCCCAAAAACACACACAUACUUGAACCUUAUUUUAUCCAUUAGGUUUUAUAUAUAUUUUUUAUGUUUUUUUUUUUUUUAUUUUAAUCUUCCAUCCCCAGACCAUUGACUGUAUGUUGAUUUUAGUAUAAACAAUGAACUUGUAUUAGCGUGCUAGCUAGCCUUGUGAAGGUGUACAUUCUGUAAAUAUCGACUUAUAUAAAAGUGCUACAUUUUGGAUUUUUUUUUUUUUGUUGUUGUGUUUUCUUAAAUGGCAUUGUAAAGAUUUUAGAGGAAAAGCUGUUUAGAGGCACAGAUUAAUGUAUGUCACUGCAAGAAAUAACACACCUUUAUUUGCA